CUCUCCUCCCCUUGCCACCACCACCGCAUCCACACGCUUCAUCUGAAAAACUCACUCUCUCUUGCAGUUGGUAUUAUUUCAUACAUGGAGGACCACACCCCAACAAGCAAGAAGCGGGUCCGAGACAAUUCGGACGACUCGAUUCACGACUCAGCCGAGGUGAAGCGACUCAGGGAAGACCUACUGGGUUUCCUUGACGACUCGGACGCCGAUCCCACGACUCAGGACCUCGACUCGGUCAUGAAAAGCUUCGAGGAAGAGAUAGCGGCCGCAACCACUUCUUGCCGGUCGUCGCCGCGUCCGGCAUCGGAGACUGAGCCGGCUCCGGUGCCGGUGGUUGACUUGACGUCGGAAUCUGCCGAGUCCAAUCCAAACCUUGGGUACCUUCUAGAAGCUUCGGACGACGAGCUGGGCCUGCCCCCGUCGGAGAACUUCAGCGAGGAGGCGGCGAAAGGCGGAGAGAGCGAGUUGGUCCGAGUUCCGUCCGACACGUCCGGAGCUGACGAGUUUUGGCAGUUCGACGAUCCCCCUCCGAGUACGUUUGACGGAUUGUUCGUAAACGACGAUGUGUAUUUUGACUCGGCUGAUUACGGCGAGUUUUCGUGGCGUUUCGAAACACUGCCGGCGCAGUAGCGCUUAAAGAAACGGCGUCGGUUGGACGGAAUAUGAUGCCGGACCGAUCUGUAAAUUUGUCCCUUUUUUCUAAUUUUUUUGAAAAGGAAUGGUGAAAAGAAUAUAUGUAGGACCGUUACAGUAGGACUCUAGCCUGAUAUGGAAGGAAGAUUGGAAAAGUAACAAAGAAAUUCGUUGGCGCCAAAAGAAAAAUAAAAAUGGAAAAUGAAUGGUUCGCUUA